UCUGGUCGUUGAAGCGAGCAAGACGACAAAAGGUCCGAGAGGAAAAUCCACCUUUUCACACGGAAAAUUGUGAAAUAUUGUGCAAAAAACACUAAAAAUCGCGAGUGUAUCGAGCAAUGCAAGUGAAUAACGACGAGGAUUCAGCAUGGCUGACGAAUCACGAGGAAGAAUUUCUGCAGAACGUAGAUGACGAUUAUGAAAUCGCCAGGUCUCGUUUGGACAAGGAGAAGGAGCAGUCAAUCAAGAGCAUUUGGACAUAUUUCCAGGACUCGGCACAAUACAUCACACAAUUGUACAAAGAUCGACAAUUGACUAAUGAGCCUACUGCAAGCUGUUGGUUACCCUUUCAAACUGCCGCUGGUACAGUGACAAAACUGUAUAAAGAAUCCUGUGAUGGAAUGAAACGUUCCAAUGAUUUAGCUAUUCAGGUUGGAUACCAAAGACGCAAUAAGGAAAUUGCAGAGUGGGCACGUAGCAAGAAACGACGAUACAUACGACGUGACGAUCUCUUAGCAUACCUUGCUGGGAAGCCAUUGCCAUCUGCGCAUCAUCAUCACCACCAGUUGAACAAUAGUAGCAACUUUAGCAACAUGCAACACACAACGGGUCACAAUCAUCAAGUGGCAUUCAUGUGGCCACCAGCAGCCCCCUUGCAACAAAACCAUAGCCACCACCAUCAUUACAAUCACACAGGAAUCAAUAAUAACAGUACACGACUGCAUCAGUUGCGCUUAUCUCCAAAACCUGAAUCACACAAUCACAGUAGUUCUAAUGAUGAUAAAUUACCAAUUUGUGGUCAACAGUGUCUUCAGAAUAACGCCACCGAAAACUCACAAUCAGUAGCAAACGGAGAAUCCGCUGAUUUGCACACUUUCAAAGAAGCCUUAGCUUUGCGAUCCAGAGCACGACCAGAGUUGUAUGCGUUUGUUGCUGGCGAGAUUGCGCGUCAUUGCAAACGUCCAGCUAGUCCGUUGGACGUAAACAUGGAUUCACCAAAUCUCAACACAAAACGACCUCGAUACACAUACGAAUAAGGUAACAACAGCCAUGCGUUGCAAUCAAAUUUAAGCUUUAGUUUCAAGGUAAUUUAAUAAAUUCUCGAACUGUCAUGAAUCAAAAACCGUGAUAAAAUAGAGAAAAGAUAAGCAAUUGACGCGCAAUGGUGAUUUCUGAUAAAAAUAAUACUAAAACUUUUUUGACACCUUUAUGGUAAACUAAGAAAAAUAUCGUGAAAUAUUUAUGAUGAACUAUGGUAUAAGACAACCACAAUCUUAUAUUGAAAAAUUAAAAGAAAAUAUUAUUUUUGGUAAUUAAAUAAUUCUAUUAUAAUCUCGCAAUAUUGAUAUUUUGCGACAAAUUUAUAAAAGUAAUCAAAUUAGUUUUUUUCGUUCGCAAAUUAACAUUAAUUUUUUUUCACUUUCGAUUGAAUUUAAUAGAAAAACGAACAAAUCUUUCACAUGUAGAGUUUGUAAUAUGAAGGUACGCUAGAAUUUCGAGUUGUGAAAUACUAUUUAAUACUUCUAAACCAAAAUAAUGUAAUACACUUAUAAAUUUAGUAAAACAAAACAAAGAAAAAAUAAUAGUUAAAAUAAUGUUAUAAAAUCCAAGUUAAAUGAUAUAGAUUAAGAAGUGAUUCGAUAUCUUAAAUACAAGUAGAGAUACCAUCAAUUUAUUAAAAUGAAAUAAAAAAUAUCGGUACCUUUGUAAAAAACUAACGCUAAUAAAGACGAAAAACAGUACACUAAGCAGACAGAAGACAAACUAUCGAAAAUAAAUUCACAGAAAAAGUUAUUGUUUAAACCCUUCUUCUAUAUUUAUUGUAGUACAGUGCAAGGUACAAAAAAAGUUAUUUUUUGAACAAAAUAGAAAAAGGUUAUUUGUUUGAAAUAGAAUAUCUUAUUGCAUUUUGAACAUUGUCAAUGACGACUUAAACAAGACACACUUUGAAUUUUAAGAGUCUCUGUGUGACUUCUUAAAAAUUAUGUAAAAAAAAUUCGCUGAGACAUGUUACAAAAUGUUAUAACGAUAUUUGAAACAACCAUUUGACUUUUUUCAGAUAAACUUUUUUUUUGUACUUAGCACUUUGUUUUGUUUGUCAACAUUUUUUCGUUAUUUAUUAAUUCUCAUUUAUUUCCUCAAAUGUCAUCGUGACAGAUAACUCUUUAUUGUUAUAAUUAAUGUUUAAGUAGUUUUCUAUUCUAAAUUUGUUUUAACAUCUUUUAUUCAAACAGCUGUAAAAAAGUACCAAUUCCUAGAAAGUUUCCGAUAAUCAAAUAUUCGUCCUCAACUUCAGAAAAAUUAUUAAUUUUUGGACUUCGCAAUCAAAGUUGUUUUUUAUUUAAGUUAGAAUUAUGUCUAUGAGGAUUUAAUUGGCUAUUGAGUUUUGAAAUCCUUUUGUGAUUUCUUAACAUUUAUGAUGGAUAAGAUGACGAUCUGAGACGUUACAUAUUCUAACUCUAAUAAGAAUACACUGAACAUAUUUAAUUCAUUUAAAAUCAAUCAAAAAAACCAACUUGAUCGUAAAAAAUGACUUCGCUGAGACAAGCUUCAAAUGUACAUAAUAAAUAUGAUUUCUAUUUCAUUCAAAUUCAUUUUACAAUACUUUAUAUUCCUUAAAAAAUUUCAUUUCAGUUAGAAAUAGGUCUAUGACGAGAUAUGCCCUUGUUUGAGUUUUGAACUUUUUAAAGUUUCUUAACCUUCAUGAUGAAUACAUCGUACCUCUGAUACAUUUUCUAACUGUUAUAUUUUUUAUACAAAAAAACUAACUAAAAAAAGUUAUUUUCAUUUCAGUUGGAAUUAUGUCUAUGAUGAUUGUGCUAGGUUUUUUUGAAUACAGAAAUCCUUUUGUGAUUUCUUUAUACAUGAAAUAAAUAUUUAUCUGAGACAUUUUUCUAACUGUUAUCAAAAUAACAAAUAAGGAAUGAAUUCCAAAUCGAUUUAGAGUGCAAACUAUCGAUUUUAACUUUUUCAUUGUAAAUUAAAAUAAUCGGCAAAGUGCAAAAGAGGAUUUUUGAAGGAAUGUUAAUUUGUAUGAAAUAGA